AUGAAGGUCAUUGUUCUGUUCAGCAAGGCACAAGCACAAGUUCUAUAUCUGGAGGCUGGGAAGGAUUUUGUCGAUCUUCUCAUGUCACUCCUUCGUAUGCCGACCGCGAGUCUGCUGAAACUGCUCAAGGAAACCGGGAAUCUGAACCGAGGUCGAAAAGUUGGGAUUUUCAAUGUUUUUACCAGCGCUGACAAACUCGACAGGUCGUACAUGAAGGUGGAGAAGGAUGUUCUCCUGAACCCCUCCCAAACGGAACUGUCCUCUCAGCUGCGAUUCCUCCGCUGCCAGGAUGAUGCUGUCUAUUACUACACCUGUCCGACUGCAGAGCAUUGGUCCAUCUCACUGCUUCCAGGUGUGAAGUGUACCAGCUGUGAGCAGAUCAUGCCCCAGGCGGUGAAGCAGAUUGACGGAGAGACCGUGAAUGCUUUUCAGGCGUUGUACACAUGCGCUCAGCGUCACAGGGUGGGAAAUACAAAUACAAGCGUGUGUCCUGACUGUUCUGCCGCCUUUGACAAGCCUGUGACUCGUGCUUGUAACGAUCAGUUGCUAGGGCAUCCUGGAGGCUUUGUCAAGGAGACGGUGACCUUCAUGGUCACGGAUGACCUGGAAUUCUUCCCCAGCUCCACUAUUAAGAGCAUCAAGGCGCUGAGCAGCAUGGGUGUGAAGUCAAUGUCUGAUUUGGAGAGCUACGAGAUCAACGUGACCAAGGACCAAGCGCUGGCGCUUGUCCAAGCUGAAUUGGCAUCAUCUACAGCUCUUAACGAUGUGUUUGGGAGUGUUGUUGGAAGUGUUAGUGGUGCUGGCGGUGAUGUUCCUACUGAAGUUGGUGCAUGA